UGUCCCGUCGUCCUUUGCGGGUAAACAGACAUGGCUGGCGAGGGAGAUCCGCAGGACGCUGCGCACAACAUGGGCAACCACCUGCCGCUCUUGCCUGCAGAGAAUGAGGAAGAAGAUGAAAUUGAAAUGGAAGUUGAGGACCAGGAUAGCAAAGAAGCCAAAAAACCAAAUGUCAUAAAUUUUGACACCAGUCUGCCAACAUCACAUACAUAUCUGGGCUCUGACAUGGAAGAAUUUCAUGGCAGGACUUUGCAUGAUGAUGACAGCUGUCAGGUUAUUCCAGUUCUGCCACAGGUGAUGAUGAUCCUGAUUCCUGGGCAGACAUUACCUCUUCAGCUUUUUAGCCCUCAAGAAGUCAGUAUGGUUCGGAAUUUAAUUCAGAAAGAUAGAACCUUUGCUGUUCUUGCAUACAGUAACAUACAGGAAAGGGAAGCACAGUUUGGAACAACAGCAGAGAUAUACGCCUACCGAGAAGAACAGGAUUUUGGAAUUGAGAUAGUGAAAGUGAAAGCAGUUGGAAGGCAAAGGUUCAAAGUCCUUGAGCUCAGAACACAAUCAGAUGGAAUCCAGCAAGCUAAAGUGCAAAUUCUUCCCGAAUGUGUAUUGCCUUCAACCAUGUCUGCAGUUCAGUUAGAAUCCCUCAAUAAAUGCCAGAUAUUUCCUUCAAAACCUGUAUCAUGGGAAGACCAGUGUUCCUAUAAAUGGUGGCAGAAAUACCAGAAGAGAAAGUUCCAUUGUGCAAAUCUGACUUCAUGGCCUCGCUGGCUAUAUUCCUUAUAUGAUGCUGAAACCUUAAUGGAUAGAAUCAAGAAACAGCUCCGUGAAUGGGAUGAAAAUCUAAAAGAUGAUUCUCUUCCUUCAAAUCCAAUAGAUUUUUCUUACAGAGUAGCUGCUUGUCUUCCUAUUGAUGAUGUAUUAAGAAUUCAGCUCCUUAAAAUUGGUAGUGCUAUCCAACGACUUCGCUGUGAAUUAGACAUUAUGAAUAAAUGUACUUCCCUUUGCUGUAAACAGUGUCAAGAAACAGAAAUAACAACCAAAAAUGAAAUAUUCAGUUUAUCCUUAUGUGGGCCAAUGGCAGCGUAUGUCAAUCCUCACGGAUAUGUGCAUGAGACGCUCACCGUGUAUAAGGCUUGCAACCUGAAUCUGAUAGGCCGGCCUUCGACAGAGCACAGCUGGUUUCCUGGGUAUGCCUGGACUAUAGCCCAAUGUAGGAUCUGUGCAAGCCACAUUGGGUGGAAAUUUACAGCCACCAAAAAAGACAUGUCGCCUCAAAAAUUUUGGGGUUUAACUCGAUCUGCUCUGUUGCCCACAAUCCCAGACACUGAAGAUGAAAUAAGUCCAGACAAAGUGAUACUUUGCUUGUAAACAAAUAUGGUAGGGAUCGAGUUAUCUAACAAUUUGGUAUUCUAAAAUCAUAGCCUCUGAUAUUUACCUAAGUAAAUACAACAUGGAGGGUUGAAGUUUCUUAGUCAAACUGUAUAUGAAGAUUUAAGUUAAAGUAUACUUUGGAGAGGAUGAAAAGCAGUAUCGAGUACAAGUUUGGUUUCAGGAAUAUGUACUUUAGUAGCAUGGUGCCACUAUCCUGUGGAAUCUGUUAUGUCUGGUACCAUGUCAUUUGAGAUUGCACAAAGCAUUUUAAAUUCCUACAAUGUGAAAACGUUUGAUCAUGAUGUAUGGGACAUCAUACCUGCUCCAGAUGAUAAAGGCUAGGGUGCCAAGCACAUGUUCCUUUUUGUAAGAGGCCAGGCAUUGUGUGUUAAAGGCCGUUUGUUCAUUUCAAUUUUCUUUAGCUUCUCUGAGAUACUGAUUUGUAAAUCUCGAAAACAUUAAAACAUGCAGUUUGAGUCCAGAAA